AUGAGUUCCAGUCAGCCAUUAGAGCCAUCGCAAUCCCGCAGACCUGUAGGAGUUCUGACGGAACAAGUUCCUUCCUCGAAUGACUGGAAUCUGCGCCUGAACGACAUCGAGACGAAUCAUUCGACCAGGCUCAGAGCCGCCGUCGGAAGGAAAAGUAACCAAGGGUUAGGAGCUUUAAGUUUACUCUUGGUGGCUUCCGCUGGUGUUAAUUGCUGGUUAGCUGCAAAGACGAGAUCACAAAUGAGUGAUCAACAUGCUAUUUCUGAGGACUUGGCUCGAUGUUCACAUGACAAUACAACUGGGUGGGAGCAAUUGGAAGAGACAACUGGACGGCUGUCCGAUGCAAUCAGCAGUCUACAGGAGGCGCAAGGAAUGAUAGCUAGCGCGAACAGUACUAAUACAACUUGCCCAUCUUCAUCCGUCGCGGUGCCUCCUACCUCAACAGGAGAAGCUGAGGGAGAUUUGUAUGUUGUAUAG